AUGAUCACUUGUUACGAGUGGCUCGAUGGCCGGGUUCCGACGGACGAGCUCGAGGAUUUCACGGCUGGUCUAACUGAGCAUUUCGAUUUGCGAAAAACCGACAAGAACACGUUGAUGGCUAUGAUUGUUCGCGGCUUUCAAAUGGGCUCUUUCUUCUGUGCAAGUAUUAAUGCCGAUCCAAACAGCUUUGAGAACCAGCUGAGCAACGAAGCAAUGAGUGGAACAGUCUCGCCGCGAAUCGAAGUUGCGCCCUGGGGUUGCGAGGAGAGCGUUCAGUUGCGGCAUAAAAGCGACUCACAACAAGAACAGCCCCAAUGUCUCACAGAUUUCGUUGGCAAGGAUGAGAAUGGGGGUGAUCACAUGUCUUUGAUGGAACAAAACGAAGCUCUUGGUCAAAAGAACGAUCACCUGGAGGCUGAUAAAGAGAAGUUACGAUUAGCUGAAAUUCUGAAGGGAAGUCAUCAACUUCACACGGAUAUGAUGAACCCCUUGAUCGACUCGUCGGAGCCAUUUGGGAAGGAUGAGCCAACAGGGAAAAAGUGGGAGUGU